AUGGAAGGUAUUAAAAUAACAAGAUGCAGCUGGGUAAACAAAGACCCUCUCUAUAUAAGCUAUCAUGAUAAUGAAUGGGGUAUACCAGAGUAUGAAAGUAGAAAACUAUUUGAAAUUAUGUGUUUAGAGGGACAACAGGCUGGCCUCUCCUGGAUUACAAUACUAAAGAAAAGAAAUAGUUACAGAAAUCUUUUCCACAAUUUUGAUCCAUAUGAAAUUGUUAAACUAGAUGAAGAGAAUAUUCAAAACUUAUUAAUUGAUGCAAGAAUAAUAAGGCACAAGGGAAAAAUUCAAUCAAUACUUAACAAUGCCCAAUGUUUUAUAAAUAUGGAGCAAAACGGUGAAGACUUUUCAGAUUUCAUCUGGAGUUUUGUAGGUAAAAAACAAAUAGUGAAUAAUUGGACGUCCCCUAAUCAAGUACCAUCUGAAACAGAUAUAUCCAUUAAAAUGUCAAAAUCACUGAAAGAAAGAGGAUUCAAAUAUGUCGGAUCUACAAUUUGCUAUGCUUUUAUGCAGGCAAGCGGCUUGGUAGAUGACCACAUAAAAGAUUGCUUGUGUAGAAAUAAAAAAUAA